AUGAAAGCCGUCGUUUACAACGGCCCUAACCGUCUUACAAUUGAAGACCGUCCCAAACCCUCGAUCGAAGCGCCCACUGACGCUAUUGUCAGGGUGACCUACACCACCAUCUGCGGUACCGAUCUCCAUCUCCUCCACAAUGACAUCCCAUGCAAGCCAGGCUGCAUUCUCGGUCACGAGGGUGUCGGAGUCAUUGAUGCGAUCGGCCCAAGUGUCACCAAUCUUCAAGUCAGCCAGACCCUUCUGAUCUCCUGUAUCACCUCCUGCGGACACAGUCGUUUCUGUCGCAAGGGGAUCAUCGAUGGCAUCCAAGCGGAAUAUGUGCGCAUUCCCCAUGCAUCGUUCUCUCUACAUCCACUCUCGGACGAGAUUGAUCCCAAGGCAUAUGUCAUGCUGUCAAAUGUGUUCCCUACUGCAUUUGAAUGCGGCAUCUUUAACGGCGACAUCAAGCCGGGCGCACGGGUCGCCAUCCUAGGAGCGGGACCGAUUUCCUUGACUGCACUGAUGAUCUUGAAACGCGGGUACGGGCUCCCUCGACAGACUCUCGAGGCCUGUCGGACACUGACAAAUGCAGAGUGGUUUGAUGUGGUAAUCGAAGCAGCCGGCGCAAAGGAAACCUUUGAUCUGUCGCAGUAUCUGGUCUCCCCGGGUGGAACCAUUGCCUCGCUAGGGGUGCAUGGGAGUAGCUGUGCCUUCCUUAUGAACCAUCUGUGGCAUCGAAAUAUAUGCUUUCGGACGAGUCUCGAGGAUACGAGCACCACGCCGGAUCUAUUGAAGAUGGUCAAAUCUGGGAUACUGACCCCCGAGAUCUCCCUCUCACACACCUUCUCGUUUAGUGAGAUUGACCAAGCAUAUGAGGUUUUUCGGGCGGCGUCUACCCACCGCAGCAUGAAAGUGCUGCUUACAUUGGGAUCUGUUCGACAAAGUGACUGA